AUGGAAUUCCAUUUCCCUCACCUGGAUUUCUUCCGUGUGUGCCCAGACACCUGCCUUGGUUUCCAAAGUAAAUGCUAUUAUUUUUCUGAGGCUGAGGGCAAUUGGAUCAUCAGUUAUGAAACCUGCAAGGCCCUGGGAGCUUCACUGGCCAUCAUAAGCACCAUGGAUGAACUGAUAAGAUCUGUGCUUGAGUCUCUAUGCCAGCACCCGGACAGGAAACAUGAAAGCAAAACCAAUAAAAUUUUCAUUAUAUGCUAUAAGGGCGAAGCAAACCACAGUUUGCAAAAGAGGAACAGCAAGUUUGAGGUGCAGGGUAAUGGGCCAUGUGCAUAAUUGAACCAAGGGAGGAUCAGCUCAUCCUUGAGCCCUACCAAUAACAACUGGGUCUGCAGCAGACCUGACAACUAUGUCCUCUGGAAGGGAAAAGAGACCCUGCAAACAGGACUGAUCAGGAGACAGGGAAGAACUGUGCACAGCUUCCUUUGA